GUGAGCGUUCUUUCCCGUCUCCUAGCAACGGCGAUGGACCGCGAGGCGGAAGGCCGGGAGUACCUGGCGCAGCACAAAAUCCCCGACCUAUUGUACCACCUGAGCGCGUUGCUGCUCUAUUACCGCCCAGAUAGACCAAGAGAGUUUUUGAUAAAGACCUUAGAAAAAGUAAAGCUUGCAAAACUGACUAGUAUGGAGUAUCCCAAUCUUAUGGAUGAAACAAACUUGGAUGCUAUGUUUAAUAUGUUAGACAUUUUAGGUGAAGGCUACAUAAACAUAUCACAGUACAAAGGAGCACUUGAAUCUUUGGGAUUGAGUAGUCAGGAUGAAACUUACAAAGAAACUGACCUAAUUACACCAACAGUCUUCAAGGAAAAUGUGAUGAAAAAAUUUGCUGAACUAUGGGCAGCAUUUUAACUUUUGAGUGUUCCAAUCUGAAACUGUUUGACUUCAUAUUUUAUCUUAUGAAAAACUAAUAAGUCCAGUUAUGGAAUGAGCUUGUUCAGGGAUACUUAACUGUACCACCAUUAUAACAGAUGUGUAAUUUCAUCUUUUUUCAAAAAGGUUGAAAUAAUUUUUCCUUUGCCUAAUAAAUGCUGGGUACGUUAUAGUGAAAACUA